AUGGCCGCUACAAACGGUACAAACGGUACCAACGGCACCAACGGCACCAACGGUACUAAUGGCGUCCACGCCGUUGACUUGGCGAUCGCUACAAGCCCGAACAAUCUUGAGGCUGUACCUGGCCUUCUGAAAGAACUCAAUGCCGGCAUUGGGUCUUUGUCCAACGGUGGUGACGAAGUUCGCCAUGAUCUCUUGCUCAAGGCUCGCUCGUUAGUUCAAGCUCUCGAAGCUCCCAGAGAGACGAUGAUCAAGCACUGCUGGGCACAGACUGGUGCCUUGGCCGGUAUCAACUUUGGCGUUGACUCGGGCCUAUGGAAGCUUAUGGCUCAGAACGGCGACAGAACCCAAAAGGUGGAUGAGCUGGCUGGAUCUCUCGGUGUUGACGCAGCGCUGCUGAGUCGCCUUAUGCGCCAUCUCGGUGCUAUGGGUUAUAUUAAGGAGACUGGCCUCGAUGAGUAUCAGCCAACCAACUUCUCCAAGUCUUUAAGCAUCCCCAUCAUCGGAGAUGGAUAUAUUGCCAUGACUUCUUGUACCGGCGCUGGUCCCCUGAGGUUUCAUGAGUACUCUCGCAAAAGAGGCUUCAAGAAUCCCACCGACGCUAAAGAUACAUCUAUGAUGUACGCCUAUGGGACUGACAAGGACAUGUUUGCGUGGCAACAAGAUCUGGGUUAUGGCACACACUUCAACAAUCACAUGUCUGGCUACCGCCAAGGCCGCACACCCUGGAUGGCCCCUGGCUUUUUCCCUGUUAAGGAGAGGCUGAUCGACGGUGCCGACACGGAUGCUGACGCGCCCUUUUUGGUGGACAUUGGAGGCAGUAUCGGCCACGACCUGGCCGAGUUUCACCACUACCACCCCAAUGUGCCUGGUAAACUCAUCUUACAAGACCUGCCAGUUGUAAUUGGCCAGAUCCAAGAGUUGACACCGGCCAUCACCCCCAUGGGUUAUGACUUCCUGACAGAGCAGCCCGUCAAGGGAGCGCGAGUCUACUACAUGCACUCAUGCCUGCAUGAUUGGCCGGAUGAUGUCUGCGAAAAGAUUCUGGCACAAAUCAAGGCGGCCAUGAAGCCGGGCUACAGCAAGCUACUUAUCAACGAGAACGUGAUACCGUCGACGGGAGCUUGGUGGGAGACAUCGGCGCUUGACAUGGUUAUGCUGACGCUUUUCUGCUCCAAGGAGCGUACGGAGGGCGAUUGGUACAAUCUCCUGGAGAAGAUUGCUGGGCUAAAGAUUGUCAAAAUUUGGGGCGCAGGUAAGGGUGUUGAGAGCCUGAUUGAGGUUGAGCUUCCGUGA